GGAAUUUCGUACUCUACCUGCUGACUACCUACAUUCGCUUACAUGUAGGUAGAUAUCAUUUAUAGCCUAUCGCCCUAUCUACUAGAAUGACAUAAAAUCUUAUAGCUGUAGUCCUAACCAAUGUGGAGAGUACAUACCAUGCAGUGAAGAGCGUCCUAGUCUCCACUCAGAACACACACUCACAGAAACACAUCAUGUUCUUCAACUUGACAAUGGUGGCCCGACUCUGAGCUGUGCGCAGAUGUCGUGCAUGUUCCCUCGCCACGGAUGCUCCCUCUUAGUAAGCCGUAUGCCUAAAAGUGCCCGUAUUGAUUCCAUUACCAACAAUCCAGCAGGUGUCAGUCGGCGGAGUCAGCGCGCAUGCACAGGCACGGGGAAGCCACACCCCUCUCCCGCAAUCAUCUGGAGGAAAUUGUCGAUUGCUACAAUGACUACCUAUAUCCGCAGGGAGGCGGUGAUACCCGUGCUCCGUGCCUAGGCGCCUCGCUGGAUUCUACCUCCGGGUCCUUCCUUACACGGAGACCUUUUCCCCAGGUCUUCUCCACUCGGCUGUUUUGCACGCAAGUCUUUUACUGUCACCCCGUUUUCUUUCACACGACGUAGUCUUCCACCGUGCUGCAUGCCGGUACUUUUCUUCCGUGCAGCGUUCUUGAAGGACCCCGAGCUCCUUCCUUCGCGAGGUUUGAGGUAAAUCUUGGUGCGCACGAUCCAUCCUCCUUUUGACGCAGGGCUGAUCUUCGGUGUGAGAGAUGCAUGGCUGGAGAAUAUUCUUAAUUAUCAAUCAUGGCGAUGGGAAGCAGUAUUAUUUGCUGUCAACCUGAUGGUGGAGAGCCGAGGCCGACCACAACAGUACUGACCGUCGGAUAUCAGGUUACCCGGCUAUAAGGGGAGACAGUUUAAACACAAACAGCGUCAUUAGGAACCAGGGAAGGCGAGGAUGAACCCGUGCGCUGUAGCGGCUCCGCAGUGGAUGUAGGCGGGGUGCACCUGUGCCGCUAUUGCAGCAAGAGAGCCCCCAGCUUCAGCUCAUCUACAGGCAGCGAGCUCGCUCUGUGUGAACUAUGGCGGCCGUAGCAGCAUGGCUUCCGUUCGCUCGGGCAGCGGCCAUAGGCUGGGUUCCGAUCGCGGCGAACCCUAUGCCUGCUCCGCCCCUGCAGGAGAGACAGAAGGGAGAGGACGAGAAACUGGGAAUAAACGUAAGUGGGAGACGCUUUGAAACAUGGCGGAAUACCCUCGAAAAAUACCCUGACACACUGCUGGGAAGCCCCGAGAGAGAUUUCUUCUACGACGACGAAACAAAGGAAUACUUUUUCGACCGAGACCCCGAUAUCUUCCGGCACAUCUUAAAUUUCUAUCGCACCGGUAAGUUGCACUACCCGAAAUCGGAAUGCAUAAGUGCGUACGACGAGGAAUUGGCGUUCUUUGGAAUUAUGCCUGACAUCAUAGGUGACUGUUGUUAUGAGGAUUAUAAAGAUCGCAAGAGAGAAAAUGCCGAACGCCUCAUGGACGAUCAAGUUUCUGAGGCUGGGGAUACCGUCCAGCCCAUGACCCUACGGGAAAAGAUGUGGAGGGCAUUCGAGGACCCACACACGAGCACGCUAGCCCUUGUCUUCUACUAUGUGACUGGAUUCUUUAUUGCUGUGUCCGUGAUGGCCAAUGUAGUAGAGACCGUCCCCUGCGGUCCCAAACCGGGAAAAACUGAAAAUCUUCCAUGCGGAGAAAGAUACGCACUAGCGUUCUUUUGUCUCGACACGGCUUGUGUUAUGAUCUUCACUGCGGAAUACCUGCUCCGACUGUUCGCAGCGCCAAACCGCUGUCUCUUCAUGCGUAGUGUCAUGAGCAUCAUUGAUGUGGUGGCCAUCCUGCCCUACUACAUAGGACUCGGCAUCACCGACAACGACGACGUUUCCGGAGCCUUCGUCACCCUCAGAGUCUUCAGAGUCUUUAGAAUCUUCAAAUUUUCUAGGCACUCGCAGGGCCUCCGGAUUUUAGGCUACACACUGAAAAGCUGUGCAAGUGAGCUGGGCUUCUUGCUCUUCUCACUCACCAUGGCCAUCAUCAUAUUUGCUACAGUCAUGUUCUAUGCCGAGAAAAACGUAGCAAGUACAAAAUUCACCAGUAUACCUGCGGCGUUCUGGUACACCAUCGUCACUAUGACCACGCUAGGGUAUGGAGAUAUGGUUCCUGACACAUGGGCAGGCAAGAUCGUAGGGGGCAUCUGCUCCCUGAGCGGCGUGUUGGUGAUCGCUCUACCUGUUCCCGUGAUUGUGUCCAACUUCAGCCGAAUCUACCACCAGAACCAGAGAGCAGACAAACGGAAAGCCCAGAAGCAAGCCAGACUAGCUAGGAUCCGAAUAGCGAAGAAUGCAAGUGGUGCACACUUCAUCAACAAGAAGAAAAAGGAACAAGACAGGGAAGACAAGAUAAAACAAGGGAUAGACAUUGAGGAAGAACCGAAAGAUAGCCGCUUCGAGAGCCAACAUCAUCAUCUACUACGAUGUCUGGAGAACACCACGGGACCAGACCUUCAUGCAAGAUACAUAAAAGACAGAGAAUUUGUGGAGAUGGAGUACACAUACAACGGAUUAGCUGCUCCAAAGGCGCAGAGUUCGCCACCAACACCAAGCCCUUCCCAGUCGUCCCAGGGAAACCCCGUCGAAUCAAGUUGCUGCUCUCGGAGGAGGGGGAAGUACCAGUUUGCCCGGAGUGUGUCUGACACGGGCCAGGAGCUUAACGAUAUACAGAUCGCAGUUCCCAACAAAACCUCCUCAAAGACUCACCUGAACGCGAGUGAGCCGCCCAAGAUCAACUCCACCAACACCACAGUCACCACCUCCGCCAUCAUCACCACGCCGACGCCGGGGACGACCUCCGACACGGAAGAGUCCAUGAUGACUGUCAGCACAACGACCUCUCCCGGUAACUCCAACAUAGUCCGCAUAUCAACGUUGUAGGGAGGAUUCUGUUCAUACGUCACUUCACUGAGGAUGCAGGGAGUAUAAAAGCCAUGAAUGCAAACAGCAUGUGCACUGCAUUUUACUGCUAGAAAGUAGGGGACUACUAGUCACUCCAGGAUGAGAAUUCUGCCAUAGAGAAAGGAAUUUUCUAUCAACCCUGAACUCUUGAUUUGUACUGCAAGACACACAGGGUGCUCAGAAGAAAAUAACAACUCCAGAGAAUGUAGAGAGAAUCUCAAUUGGUAGUGGGUAAAGCAAUCUGGCCAUGGUCUUUCUAGCCAAAUUUUGUGACCAUGUUGCUUGUAGAGCCUCACGUGUGUGUUGUGGGGACAGAUGUUUCCAUUAUAUAAGUUACCAUGUAACAGAAGGAAAGACGACAGUUGACUGAGGCAAUGCAGUCAAUGCUGGGAGGAGACAAAAGAAAGAAGUCACACUUGUAUUAGCCACAGUAUCAGACAGUUACCUACUCUUGUACAUUUCAGUUAUCACCCUAUAGCUUGCCGGACUAAAGUUUCUUCGUUCAAAGCUUCUAAGGCACAGGCACAAUUCCCACUGUGAUAAGCCGACACAGGUAAAAAUAUGCUGCACAAGAUUUUUACAUGAGAGACCUAAAAAAAACGCCAUAUACAUCUGUCACAGUAGCUGUAGGGGGCUGGUUGGUUUUUUCCAACUCGUUCCGCUGGAGAAAUGUAGUUGUCGUUAUUUGUCUGCAGGAUGGGACGGGAUAGGGUUGGCUCCAGGGUCUUGAGCACUGUGCCUUCGAGAUGGUGAAGGUUUGGGAAAAAAAAGCAAAGCUACUACAUCGCAAUAAACAAAACAGUUGUCAGCCAGGUGGAGCACACCUUUGAGUGUUCAUGUCUGACCAAGUGUAGUUAUGCAGUGUAGAGUCCAGACAUCAUUGUGUACGAGCAAGUAUAUUGUAUCUAAUGAAUGACCUAUGAUAAGAGCUGUUCGUGCAACCUACAAUAGACAUAUUCUGACUUAUAGAUAGCAUUACCCAUUAAGAGAAAGCCAAAUACUCUUUCUUGCUCCUUGAAUCAUGACAGAACUACAUCAUGAACAAAAUAUAUAUAUAUAUCAAUUCCAUCAUAUGUAUAAACUUGAUAAAAAAAUCACUGGUAACCAAGCAUCUUGGUGUACAAUGUGUGGUAUGUCCACAGUUCAGAGAUUUUUGUUGCCAUCGGUGGGCAUCCUUUUGUAUAUCAUUUCACAGGGAGUAUUGCAACGUUCCUGCCAGAAUCCUGGCUAUGUAAAAUAUGACAAAGCACAAGAGAAAAAUUGAAUUAUAGGCUUCUAAAGAUGUGCUACUAUCAUGAUUAUGAAUAAAGUUACAUGUUAAACACUUUUCACCUAGACUUAAAACUUGUAAAGCACUUCGCCGUAAAUUUUCUGAUAGCAUUAUAGUACGAUGUUAAAAGGGAGAAGCAAGGAGGGCAACAUAUGUAGAUCAAACAGUGAGUAUUAAAGGGGGCAUGAUUCCGUAUCCCUCAUUACCUACUAGAUAGAUAGUCCUUUCUUUGUUUUGUCUAUGUAUAUAAAUAUUCCUACAGUACUAAGAUGGCAAAAAGGUAGUUAAAUAAUCUAGACAAUCUGAGAAGCCCAACUUGCCAAAUUUUAUGUGUCAGCUGACUUUCCUUUCCCUUGCCAAGUUUAAAUGUUAAGUAGCAAUUUUAUAUACUUAGACUAAUCAAGAAAAAAAGAUAUUUAGGACUGGAGAAGAAAAAAGAUGUUCUUACUAUGGAUGACUUUAGUAAAAUUGUCCUUUGUGAUUAGAAAUGAUAAAGACGCAUGGUGCGAAUAUUAGCUUCAAUUAUACAUAUUAGCAAAUUUGAAAGUAAAACGAUGAAAUGACAAUAAAAACGGCAAAAAUUUAGACGACAUUUAUAGACAAAGAACCAAAAUACCCUGUGUUCUGUAAACCUAUCCGAAGCAUAUCUCCGGUGACUGUAAAUCCAAAAUAUGACACAAGUGAAUCCUUUGCUGUAAUUUGAUAUCGUUAAUGGAACCAUGACAAACUCUUAAAAGGCUGUCGCACCUUUGUUCCUCUGAGCUAUUCGUAGUACUCAGUCAAGGGCAUUUAAGUGAUGUUUUUGCUUGAUCCCUGUUGUAUUUUCCAGUAGGAAAACAUAGAUGAAAUUGCCCACUUUUAUAAAUCAGCACUAUGACAGAGUUUUGUAUAAAAUAGCUUUAAGAAUUUGCCUUUAUUAUUAGAUUUGACAUCCAUCGCAAAGGUUCUAGAAAUCAGGGCCUGUAUGUGAUGAAAUUCAUUUCUAAACCCUAUUCCCAUAUCCCGACCAACAAAAGAAAAAAAAACAGCCAUAAAAACGCGGUAGCUACCAAGACAUUGUAGAGAAAAGAAUCAUAAUUAACUAGUCAAGUUAAAAGACUGCAGGUGAUGUCAUUCAGAAAACUUUCUUGAUAUGCCCAACUCAUUUACAUGUUGUCACCUUGAAUGUAUUGAAUACCUGAGGAACCUCUAGAAUAGCAGUAGUGCUCUCAAAGGAAGUAAUCUACAAAUCUUUAUCAUUUCUUGUCACAGAGACUGAAGCUUUGUAGCAAAAAAUGUUGCAUAUUUGUGUCUAACUGUUAUUGAGAUGAAGAGUAUUUAUUUUAUUUGUUCAGGUUGGUAUCAAGAAUUUAAAUAUGUACAUGUAACAGUUACACUGUUUUGUUGCUUAUAAACAAGAGAAAUAUAAUUUGUUAACAGGCUAUAUUAGCUUGAAAGAUCUUUAUUUUUGUGACUGAUUGUGAUAUGUGUGUACUUCCAACUUUUUUCUUAAUUAGGGGCAUUGAAACUGUCCUGGGAAUGCCAGAUUCUAAUAUAUUUCACUUAAUUUUAAAGAGUGUAAGGGAAAUGGACGGAAGCUUUUCCAUGAUGACAUUGUAUAGCACAGACAUAUGUUACUUCUUGUGGUAAAGGUACCAGCAUGACCAACUGUUGCAUGCAGUAUAUUGUAGUUAAACAAGCCAAGAUGAAUUGGCAUGCUUAAAAAGAGAAGCAGUGUUGGAAGCCUUACCAGAUUUUUGUACAUAUGUGAUGGAAGAAGUACCAUUUUGGACAAUGCAGUCUGUGUAAAUACCACAUUUACCCCCCUCCCCCCUUCCCAACACCCCAACAACAUCACUGGCUUACAAUAUUGUGUGUACAGUGUGGGCAAUUGUAGUCACCAGAAUGAGUUCUUGUAGCUCCGUUGGUCCAGUCUGAGAGCUGUAAUUUAUUUUGGGUGUGCUCCCAACGCCUAUGUGGUAAAUAAACUUAUUUAUAUGCAA